UACAAAAAAUUUAAAGCAAAUUUAAAAAUAAUAAAUUUAAACAAAAAUAAAUUGGUAGCUUAUGUAUAAAUUGGUCUGAUUAUAUUUGAUAUGGAAUCUGAUUCAAGUGAUAACUAUGGAUAUGAAUACUUGGAUCAUCCUGCUGAUAUCCAGAUUCACUCAUGGGGUCUAACACUAAAGCAAGCUUUUGAGCAACAAGCAAUAGGAAUGUUUGGGAUUAUGACAGAUUUAAAUACUAUUGAAAAUUUACAAGAAGAAGUUAUUGAAGCUGAAGGUCAUGAUUUAGUGUCUCUUCUUUAUAAGUUUUUAGAUGAGUGCUUAUUUGCAUUUAGUGUUGAACCGUUUUUAUGUGCAUUUGAUGUUAAUAUAACAGAAUUUGAUGAAGAGAAUUUUGUUAUCAAGGCCGUUCUUAAAGGUGAGACAUUUGAUUUGUCUAAACACCCACAAGGUACUGAAGUUAAAGCUAUUACUUUUUCUAACAUGCAAAUAAACAAAGAAAGCGCACACUGGGAAUGUUAUGUUAUCUUCGAUAUAUAAAAUAAUAAUAUAAAAUAUUAUGGUUUUUAUUUGUCCAUUUCUCAGUUAAAAAUAAAUUUA